AUGUCUGUAUUAGUUACCGGUGCUACAGGCUUCAUUGCCCAACAUAUCGUCGAUGCUCUUUUGAAAGAAAAUUAUAAUGUUAUCGGUACUGCUAGAUCUCAGGCAAAGGCUGAUAAUCUACUUGCUAGUUUCAAUAGCCCAAAUCUUUCCAUGGAAAUUGUCUCAGAUAUUUCUGAUUUGAAUGCCUUUGAUGAUAUCUUUAAAGCUCAUGCUAACAAAAUUAAAUACGUUCUUCAUACUGCUUCACCUUUCCACUUCAACACAACAGAUUAUUCCAAAGAUCUAUUCAUUCCUGCUAAAAACGGGACUCUAGGGAUUUUACAAUCAAUUAAAAAAUAUGCUCCCCAAACUGUGGAACGUGUAGUUGUUACCUCCUCCCAAGCAGCAACCUUGGACUUCACUGCCCCACCAAGUAGCAAAACUGUUUAUACUGAGAAAAGCUGGAAUCCAGCUAAUGAAGAAACAAAACAAAUGAAUGCCAUUAUGGCAUAUUGUACUUCUAAAAAAAUUGCUGAAAAGGCUGCUUGGGAUUUUUAUAAUGAGAACAAAUCCCAAUUGAAAUUCAAAUUAUCAAUUGUGAAUCCUGUAUUUGUUUUUGGUCCACAAUUAUUUGAUUCUUCUGUCUCUGCAACUUUAAACACAUCUUGUGAAGUUAUUAAUCAAGUGUUAAAGACAACCCCAAAGGACCAAUUGAAGAAAGAUGUUAUGGGAGAAUUUAUUGAUGUUCGUGAUGUCGCUAGAGCUCAUUUAGACGCCUUCACAAAAGAAGAAACAAUUGAAAAAAGAUUGUUGAUGAAUAAUGGUUUAUUUAGUGAAAUUACAAUUGGAAAUAUCAUCAAUAAUGAUUUCCCUCAAUAUAAAGGUAAGAUUGCUCCAGUAGCGGAUGACACUGAUUUACAAAAUGAUAUUGCUCCUUAUAAAUGUGAUAACUCUGUCACUAAACAAAUCUUGGGUUGGGAAUUUACUUCUUUACAAAAGUCAGUAGAUGAUACUGUAGCCCAAAUUUUAAAAAUGAGCAAAUAA